AUGGAGGACUCUGAAAUCUCCAAGGGAUCGUAUAAACAAAAAUCGUUUUUGUCUCUGCGAAAUUUGGGCUCAGAGAAGUUGAAUUCAAGCCCACGAGCCUCUCGGACUUCCCUGUCACAGUUGAAGCUAAACUUGCUAACUGAUGGGAAGCAGUGGGAGUUUCUGGAAGAUUAUGGGCUCGAGGAGCUCAGAGACGGGUUUUUUGAUCCCAUUUUCACGAGAUAUGAGCCUGUAGGGACGGAAUCGGAUCAGGGUGAUGCAACAGCGAAAACUGUGCAACACCAGGUCCUGCUCCAUUCCUGGUUUUUGGAGCAGUAUGUGAAAUUGCAGAGCAACUGGAAAAGAAUGCUUAAGUUUUGGAUUGCCUUUUUUGGAGCAUUUUGUAUUUGUUUGGUGCGGCCUUCAGGUUCGUGGAUCGGGCAAAGUUAUCGUUAUUUCUUGCCUCUUGCGGUGUUGAUUCACCAUCCAGUAAGGAACGUGGGAGUUCAGCUGGAGAUCUGCACAUGUUCCGUUUUUGGGGCAGCGCUAGGAAUGGGUUGGUCGAGCCUCGCCUGGUACGUCUCGGUCGCUACGAAACCGGCCGCUAAUCAUCAAGGCGGUCUUCUAUUUGCCAGUUUGUUCAUUGCAGUCUACCUGUCAUCAUGGUUGAUAGCGGCCAAUCAGAGACUUUUGUAUUUUGCGCUAUCCUACGGGAUUGCCGUCACUUAUUUUCACACGGUUAGCUUGGUCGACAAUAAAGCCUUACUAAACUGGAAGUUGUAUUGGGAUUUUGGUAUAUCGUAUCUUUUCGGUCUCGUGCUAUCGUUCUUGGUGUGCGUUUUGGUCUUCCCACACUUUGGUCAAUCCGAAAUGGUUGAAAAGCUCUCUUCAUCUGUCACUGCAAUCAAGCAAUUGCUGGUUAACUUUUUAGAGCCCGAAGAGUGCUCCAAUCUCGAGAAUCUUCAUACGCUGCAGAAGAGAAUUGGCAAGACCAUCGAUUUUGACGUUUCUGAGGGUAUUAGAGAAUUUUUGAAUCAGUUAACAGUGGCUAGAAUCGAUGAAAAGUCACUGCUUAAGUUCCGCAACGACAUUACAAAUGCCGCUGCACCUUUGAGGUCUAUACCAACGGAUCACAAAUUGGUGACAAAGUUGGAACUAGAAGCAUUCUACACCGAACUGAAUGAAAGAGCGAAAGAAAGAAACCUUAACACGUCCGUUUGUGCAACACCUGUUCCUGAAACCGCAAAGGCAACCUUGAGCUCAGCAACCCGACCACUAAUAGAUGCGAAAACGUCGUUCAACAAAGAGGUCUUUUCCAGUCUGCUACGUUCAGCGUUUUCAAAAGACAUAAUAGCUUUAAUGGUGGAAAUGGUAUCGCUUUUAGAAAGCCUGGAAGGCUCGUUCGAACUUUUUACUCAAUUCACAUGUUCUAGUAAGAACAGACAAGAUACGGAUAAGACUCUAGGAACUCACGUUAACAGGCUUGGGCGAAAGAUCCAUAAACUCGAUCUUUCUUAUCAAAGUUUUGUUAAAUCGAACGUCUUUACCAAAGAAAUGCUUUCAGACUCUCAAUCCAUCGAUUCUUUUCUCUUCCUCAGGUACAUGAGACAAAGUGCUAAGCAUCUUAUCUCUGUUGCCAACUGCGUUUUAGACAUGAGCUCCAAUCUACAUUGGAGAAUCGCGUUUCCUCAUUACCCACUUGGGCGGGCGCUGAAGCGUUUACCGAACGAGUGCAGUAUUGAUCAGGGGGCGAAGACUAUCUUACAUUACUACCAGGCAAAGGCCGAUGUGGAUGAUAUUUUCGAACAGAUUUACAACAAUUACACUUCGAAGCAUAAAACACUUGCCACAGUAGUAGGUCAAGAAGACAAAUCGAGAGCUACAGUGAGGGCCGUGGAUCACAAAGAUUUCAGUCUACACACUACUAUUUAUCCUCUGCGUUACAAGAUUUGGUCGUGGGGCUCACAGAUCUCGUCUCCUGAAAGUAAGUGGGCCCUGAAAGUGGUAUUCGUAAUGACAUUCUUGGCGCUACCGACAUGGCUGCCACAAUCUUUUUCAUGGUAUCAAAAGUACCACUGUUGGUGGGCACCAUUAUCAUUCUUCAUACUGGCAAACCGUAGAAAUACAGGAAACUGGGCUUCUUUCGGUAGACGAUUGACUUGUGCCGUGAUUGGAAUAUUUUGGGGCUGGUGUGCGAACCAGGCUCGACACUUUGGAAGUCCAUAUGUGAUUGCGACAUUUGCCUCCAUCUUCUGCGUGAUUCUGUCUUUCAAUUUCUUUGCGAAUGGGAACAGAAAGUCGAGCUUUACUGGAUUUAUAUGUUUCGUUGUGAUAGCCCUUGAGCCGUAUAGCAAGCAUGCACCUCAUUUGAGCCAGGGCUUCAUUUGGAAAAAUACAUGGGUGACUGGUGUCGCUCUGCUAUGUGGUAUUCUACCCUCCAUUCCCAUCAACUGGAUUCUCUGGUCAUUUACUGCUCGCCACGAGCUCCGCCUCUCGGUGGCAUCUUUACUUGCCCACAUCAGCCAAUCUUAUCAAAGCGUAGCAGACAGGUAUCUUUACAGAGAUGCAGGUGACGCGCCAACUGAAUUGACCUUGAAGUUUUCUAAUAUUCGCGAAGUGCGACUAUCCCAAAGUCUUAUUGCUGUUCGAGAAAUGCUUCGUAAAGCGCGUACCGAGCCAACUUACAUUUUCGUGUUCAAGGCAGAUGUCUACCAACAAUUGUUAGACGGGUGUGAGUUUCUUUUGGAGAAGAUGAUUGAAGCGAGGAUAUCUGGUCAGUAUUUUGAAGUGUGGGAGAUUGACAGCGACAGCAGCGUUUCGAGGGCAUUGCUCUCACUUCGCCGUGACAGCGUGGCCUCCGUUAUCUUUGUGCUCUACAUGUUAUCGAACUGUUUUGUGUCGAAGCACAAGGUUCCUGUUUACUUGCCAAACGCCAUCAUGUCCAGGAAGAAGUUAUUCGAUCUAGGCUCGCGGUUCGAGUCCUCGGUGGGCGAGUCGCGCUGUUCCACUGCCACUGAGAAAGUUGACGAGCUGGGCGAGGACUCUCAGACUGACGAAAGCUCAAACCAAGAAGACGUGUCCCACUGGGCCCAUAUUCAUGGUAUGGCUUUUGCUCGUGCCUUCACUGAAAUUAGCGAAGUGGUGCAAAAAAUUGUUCACUUAAGCAGGGAGAUCCUUGGUGAAGGUACGAGUGGUCAAGACGUUUCGACAAUUCAUGAUUAUAUGCAAAGAUAG